GAUCGAGCCUCGACGUUCCUAAUUCUGGCUCUUCUACUUCUUCUUCUUCUUCUUUUCGAAAGGAUUUGAAACGAAGCGAGAAAGUUAAUGUAUAAGGGACUCGGUUCGCUUGAUAAUUUCUUCUUUUGUCUGUAUUGAUAAGUAGAAGGAAGUGAUGGGGGUGGGAGGAGGAUUCUGGGAUUUGCUUAAACCCUAUGCGCGACCUGAAGGACCCGAUUUUCUGAGGAAUAAACGCGUUGCCGUCGAUCUCUCAUACUGGAUUGUUCAGCACGAGACCGCUAUCAAGAACUACAUUCGCAACCCGCAUCUCAGGCUCACCUUCUUUCGUACAAUCAACCUCUUCUCCAAGUUUGGGGCAUUUCCAAUCUUUGUUCUUGAUGGAACCCCAUCACCGCUGAAAUCUCAGGCAAGGGUAGCUCGGUUUUUCCAGUUUUCGGGCAUUGAUAUGUCAAGUUCGGUGGCCACUAAAGAAGGUUUCUCAGUUCAGAGAAACCGUGCAUUUCAGAAAUUUGUUCAUCAGUGUGUGGAACUGCUUGAACUAUUUGGGAUGCCUGUUCUAAAAGCUAAAGGGGAGGCUGAAGCAUUAUGUGCUCAAUUAAAUAGUGAAGGUCAUGUAGAUGCUUGCAUCACAGCUGACAGUGACGCUUUCCUUUUCGGGGCCACAUGUGUGAUUAAAUGCAUCAGGCCUUAUUCCAAGGAAGCAUUUGAAUGCUACCAUAUAUCAGAUAUCAAAAUUGGUUUAGGGUUGAAGAGGGAACACUUGAUAGCCAUCUCUCUUUUGGUCGGGAAUGACCAUGAUCUAAAUGGAGUGCAGGGAAUUGGGGUUGAGACGGCUCUUCUUUUUGUCCAAACUUACAGUGCAGAUGAGAUACUAAAUAGGUUGCAUGAAAUAGGCAAUAGUGAGGAUCCCCAAUUUUUGAGUGUCCUAAAAUCUGGAGAUGAUUCAAAACCCAGUUCAGAUGCGAGCUCACCGAAUACAAAAUCUUUACAUUGUUCAUUUUGUGGACAUCCAGGCAGUAAAAAGAAUCAUUUGAAGUUUUCUUGUAAAUACUGUGGUACUAGCGAUGGUUGCAUGCAAAAGCCAGUGGGGUAUAAAUGUAAUUGCGUGGCCUGUGAUAAGAGUCGGGAAGAAAAGGAGAAGAAAAGGCGUGCAACUUGGCAGAUCAAAGUUUGCAACAAGAUUGCAAUGGAGCCAGGCUUUCCAAAUGAUGAGAUUCUUAAAAUUUAUUUGUGUAACAACAAUGGAGAAUAUUGUGCUAAUGAUGGCCCUUCUAUAUCAUGGGGAAGUCCAAAUACUGAGAUGCUAGUUGAUUUCUUGGUUUUCCAUCAGCACUGGGAGCCAGCUUAUAUUCGGCAGAGAAUGCUUCCUAUGUUGUCCACAAUAUAUUUGAGAGAAAUCGAAACAAUGCCUGAUAGAACUUUGCUAUGUGGUCAAUACGAGUUCGAUUCUAUUUUACGUGUGAAAAUGAGAUAUGGGCAUCAAGUGUACGUGGUCAAAUGGAAGAAAGCUACCCCCAUUAUGGGCAGUGCUCUUUAUCCUAUUCCUGUCGAAGAUUCUUAUAUAGAUGAAGGAGUGUCUAUAGAAUCUGAUGAAUCCACCGAUCUAUUGGAGGAUGAUGCCCCCCAGAUUCAUGUGGAUGCUGGGCACUGCUUUUUGUUGACAGAUGAAAAUAUGGAGCUUGUUAGUGCUGCUUUUCCAGUAGAAGUUGACAGAUUUUUGAAGGAUAAGGAACUUAGAGAAUCAAAAAGAAGGAAGAGUUCAACCUCACCAUUUGAAGGGUCUAGUAGAUCACCAAAGUCUAAAGGUGUUCAACUUAAUAUUACUGAAUUUUACCGCUCUACCAAAUUACAACUUCAUGCAAACGCUGGAGAAGGUUUAUCCAAGAGUUGUGAAAUUGGGGAUGACAGGACGUCAAAAGAAAAAAUAAAGGUCUCAAGUAAAAACAUUUCAAAGUCUGUAAGGCGACGCCUUUUGUUUUAGACUUUAGUACAUGCAUUUUUAUAUUUUGGAACAUGUGCCUUUUUGUUGGCGAAAUCAAUGGUUAAGAUGUAAAAGUCUACUUGAUUCUGGUUUUCAAAUCCUUAGUUGUAUUCUCUAGGUGUUAUGUAAUUAAAUGACUUUUAUGCAUGGCACCACCCAUUCUUGAAGCAACGCAACCCUUUCUGGGUUUCUGGGUUCUAUGAUAAAGCCAGCAUUUCUCUUCCUGUUAGUUGCAUCACAUUGUAUCGGAUAUAUCAAUGUGGUUAUUGAGUUUUAUGAACUUGGUUGUCAGGUCUUCAUUUGGAGAA